AUGGCAACUUGCGUUGCACGUGGUGCUACGAGUGGCGGUGGCAGCGAGGGAGAAGGAGAGAAGUGGAGACGGGCAAGGGCGGAUGGGACGCUUUGUGAUGGGGAGGAGACGAAGGAGUGGAGUGCGGUGAUGGGUGGUGAGGUGUGUGGGCGGGAGGAGAGUGGGUGGGAAGGAGGGGGGAAACGUGUGGAGGAGGGGAAGAACGGGGAGGAUAGGGAGGAGGGGGAGGAGCCAGCGGGGGGGGAUGAAAUAAAAGAGUGUGUGGAGGAGGGGGGGGAGGGGAAGGAAGAAGAGGAGGAUGAUGGUGAGGAAUGGGCAGUGAUGCAUGGGAAUGACGAGGGGGGGUGUGAGUAUGAGGAGGAGGAGGAGGAGGAGGAGGAGGAGGAGGAGGAGGAGGAGGAGGAGGAGGAGGAGGAGGAGGAGGAGGAGGAGGAGGAGGAGGAGGAGGAAGAGGAGGAAGAAGAAGAGAAAGAGGAGGAGGAAGAGGAGGAAGAAGAAGAGAAAGAGGAGGAGGAAGAGGAAGAGGAGGAGGAGGAGGAGGAGGAGGAGGAGGAGGAGGAGGAGGAGGAGGAGGAGGAGGAGGGAGGGAGAAGGGAGGACAACCGGGAGAAGGAGGCAGGUGCGAGGGGAGAACAGGGAGGAGGCAGGGCUGUGGGGCGGAGAGGGGGGCAUGAGGCCGGGGUUUUAUGGCAGGGUGGCAGCAGCAGAGGCAGAGCGCAUGGGGCCAGGGCUGCGUUGGGGGAGGAGCGAGAUUGGAAUGGGCGUGCUGAUGUGCGUGCUGGUGGUGAUACUCAUGGCGUCACGAACCGAUGCCUUGGCAUAGGCAUGGAGGGCAUGGAGGGGAGGGAGAGGAGGGAGGGUAGGGAGGGCAGAGAGGGCAGGGAGGGCAGGGAGGGAAGGGAGGGCACUGAGGACAGGGAGGGUGAAAUGGACAUGGGGAGCAUGGAGGUGGAUGUGGGGGAGCUGCUGCUGUGGCUGCAUGCCAAUGGCGCCACUCCUGACCCACACACAUGGCCCUUCAAGGUGGUGGUGUGUCCGCUGCUGCAUCUGCCCCCCGGAUCCAGACAUGCAGGUCCCAGAGGCAGGCCUGACCUGGGUCUCGUGGCAUCGCGCCACAUAGCGCCAGGAGAGCUGCUCUUCUGCAUGCCGCCCAAUCUGCAGAUCACUCCCGAUCGCAUCGCCCCCGCGUACUCGCUCCCUCACACCCACCCCUGCCCCUGCUCCUCUUGCUCCCCCUCGCCCUUUCCUCCUACGCCCACUUCUGCCUCUAAUCCUGGAGGGAGUAACCCAGGGAGUGAGAGUAAGGGAGAGGAGAAGGGAGAGGAGAAGGGAGAGGGGAAGGGAGAGGAAAAGGGAGAGGGGAAGGGAGAGGGUGAGGAGGAGGAGCGGUGCGAGGAGGGACUUGGAGGCCUCAACAGAGACUUAGAGCCUGGGAACCCUUUAUUCACUGAAGGUGGCAGUGGUGGCAGUGGCAGUGGUAGUAGCAGUGGUUCCACUGGAUGCAGCAGAUGGCAGGGGAGCAGCGUGGAGAGCACGAGAGAUGGUGGCGCUGCUGCUGUGUGCGUCCGUGCAGAUCCGGCCUCGAGCACGGGCAUGGCAGCAUGGCUGCUGCGAGAGGUGUCCAAGGGCCACGCCUCCCCAUGGGCGCCGUACCUCGCCACCCUGCCCCCCCACGUGCCGCUGCCGUCCCUCUUCCCGCUCGCCACCAUCCAGCAGCUGCAGUGGCGCCCCACUGAAGCCAUGGGAGUGGUGGAGGGGAGGGAGGAGGGGAGGGAGGGCAGGGGGGGAGCAGGGGAGGAUAUGAAAGGGGAAGGAAAAGAGGGGAUGGAAAAUGCGGCGUGCACUGUCCCCCACCCGCAUCAUCCCCCACCCGCAUCAUCCCCCACCCGCAUCAUCCCCCACCCGCAUCAUCCCCCACCCGCAUCAUCCCCCACCCGCAUCAUCCCCCACCCGCAUCAUCCCCCACCCGCAUCAUCCCCCACCCGCAUCAUCCCCCACCCGCAUCAUCCCCCACCCGCAUCAUCCCCCGCAUCAUCCCCCACCCGCAUCAUCCCCCACAACUUCAUCAUUUCGGUGGCCGGCCCCUCCUCCUUCCCUCACACAUUUCUCAUGCUGCACUUCCAACCUCCAACCCAACCAGCCACCCCGAAGCUGCACCCCACCGCACCUCCCAACCACAGGCGGUGGCGUAUCGGCAUGUUGGCAUAUCGACACGCGUACGAGCAGGAGUACCGGCGGUGCGCUCCUGACUUCAUCGCCCAUGCGCCCCUCUCCGCCUUCCUCUGGGCCAUGACCGUCAUCUCCUCUCGCACCUUCUCCUCCCCUUCCCCUCCCUCCUUGCCCUCCUCCGCCUCCGCUGACCCCUCCUCUUCCUCCUUGCCACCUUCAGCCGCAGCAGCAGCAGCAGCGCCAGCAGCAGCUGCGGCGUGUGAGGAGAACAGCUGGGGUGCGCUGCUGCCGCUGGCGGAUCUGAUGAACCACAGCGAGCACUACAACGUCACAUGGACUGUCAGUGCCAACGCCCUCCCUCCCUCCCUCCCUCCCUCCCUCCCUCCCUCCCUCCCUCCCUCCCUCCCUCCCUCCCUCCCUCCCUCCCUCCCUCCCUCCCUCCCUCCCUCCCUCCCUCCCAAUCCCCUCUCCUUGCAACUUCCCUCCUCUACCAUCCUCGCCAUACCCUAA